AUGAUAAAUGCAAGUACCGUAUGAAUGUAACUCGGAAAAAAAAGUCUGUAAAGUUCUUAAAGGUACUAGUAAUAAUGUUUCCGUUGUGUUAUUUGACAUCUCUACACAUUUUUUUUAAAUCUGUAUUUUUGUAAACUCAAUAUCUGUAAUUAUAAUUCUGUAAUUGUAAUUCUAGAGUACUGAAUAUCUCUAAUAAUUCUGUAAUUGUAAUUGUAGAGCACUGAAGAGGAACUGAAAAAUGAAAUUAGUUCGAAAUGCAUAUGAAUUGAAAAUACAAUAAAGAGUUUCUGGACCUGACUUGCUGUAACAUAGUCUACCGAGAGAAAUAUUUUCGGAUUAAAGAGACAACCAUUGACUGAACGAAUAUACAGCUACAAUUAUGGGAUCUAGUGUGUGACAGAGCAUGGUUAGUAUCUUUUGCGCAACUGUUGUAUUUUAUAGGAUUUUUAAUCUCUGUUUUCAUUGGAGGUCAAUUAUCUGAUAAAUUUGGCAGGAAACCUAUGUUCUACUUGUGUUCAGCGUGGACAUUCACAUUCAGUAUGAUAAGUAUAUUUACUUCGUCUUUCUGGAUGUUUCUUGCAUGUCGAUUUUUACUUGCAUUUGGUAGGCCAACUUCGACACUAAUCGUGUAUGUACAUGUAACAGAAAUUGUUAAAAAAGAACACAGACUGAUGGUAGGAUUAAUGGGUAAACUAGGAUAUAUAAUGGGACAACUUAUUCUCCCUGGACUUGUUUGGAUUUUCAGAGAUUGGUUUUAUAUAGAAAUAAUAUGUGUUUUACCAUGUGUAAUCUGUCUUCCGUCGUGGUGGGUCACUUCGGAAUCUCCAAGGUGGCUUAUUACCCAAGGAAAAAUAAUUGAAGCCGAGAAAGUAAUGAGGAAAGCAAUAAAAAUAAAUAAACUCCAAAUUGAAAAUUUCGCUAAAAAAUUCAAGAAUAUAACUGAAAAAAUUGUGAAGGAAAGCGAAGAAAAAGGCAAACGAGUGACAUUUCUGAAUAUCAUGAAAAAUUCUCAUUUACGAAAAGUCAGUUUAAUAUUCUACAUAAUUUCAAUAACAAUUGUUCUCUCAUAUUAUGGAUUAUCAUUCUCAGCUUAUGAUAUUGGAAUAGACAUAUUAUUAUUCUUCUUCCUGGCUGCUGUAGUAGAAAUACCAGCUUCUGCCGUUUACUUUUACCUUCAAAAAUUCAUUGGUAGGCGAUAUACACUGAUCGUUUCUAUGGCAGGAAGCGGUCUGAUGUAUCUUUUAGCAAUUGCAGUGCAAUCAGGUUAUCCAAUCAUUCUAAUUGCUUUUACUGUAAUAUCCAGAUUUUGUACAACGAUUUCAUUAAGUUCCUUGAAUUUAUUUGCAACGGAGACUUAUCCUACUGUUGUACGCAAUGUUGGAAUAGGAUUACUUUCAAUGAUGGGAAGAGUAGGUUCUCUGGCAGCUCCAUUUAUGAGAGAAGCAGCCAACAAUGUUCAUAUUUCAUUUCCUCUUGCGUUAUUUGGAACACUUUCUCUUAUUUGUUGUGUUUUGACCUUACUUUUACCGGAAACUAAAGAUUCACAAUUGGCUGAUAUGUUAUCACAAGUAGAAGAUAGAAAAAGAAAUGGUCUUCUUGUGCAUGGAAUGAAAGCUGAAAAUGAAGAAGAAGAAGAAGGAAAUUAAGCAUCAAAUUAUUUAACUUGAAUAUACAAUAGAUAUUACUACGGUUAGAAAAUAUA